UGUACCUAGGUAUUGUCAAUGUCAAAAACAGAUGCGAUUUGCAAUUUAUUCCAAGUUUACUUGACAAAACAAAGCAUUUGAAAUUGUUUUAUGACAUUAUAUUUUUGUUAUUUCAUCAUAAAACAUGAAUGAGAUUGAUGAUAAGUUCUACUAUGUGUACAGUUCGUCCUUGGACCAUAAAGUUGAAAUAAAAAUAGGUACGCUAGAAGGCAAACGCACAAAGCCUGAAUAUGACAAGCUGCUAUCUGACCCAAUGCUCAAAUUCUCCGGUCUGUAUCAGGAAGGCUGUUCAGACUUGUAUGUGACUUGUCAGAUCCUAAGCGAUGGAGUGCCUCUCGCAUUGCCAGUCACCACAUCAUACAAGGCAUUCACCAAUAGAUGGAAUUGGAACGAAUGGGUGACUCUGCCGGUGUUCUUCAGUGACCUGCCCCGUAACGCGACCCUCGCCAUGACGAUAUAUGACUGCGCUGGCCCUGGCAAGCUGAUGGUGGUGGGUGGCACCACCAUAUCGCUGUUCGGCAAGCACGGCAUGUUGAGACAGGGGAUGUUCGACUUGCGCGUGUGGCCUGGGGUGGAGGGCAGUGAGAAGACCCCGGGAAAGGCGCCGGACCGAGGCAAGGAGCAGAUGCAGAGGCUCGCCAAGCUUGCGAAGAAGCAUCGGAAUGGACAUAUACCUAAGGUCGACUGGUUGGACAGAUUGACUUUCAGGGAGAUUGAAAUGAUCAACGAGAAAGAGAAAAGAAACUCUAAUUAUAUGUACCUUAUGAUUGAGUUUCCUACGGUGCAGAUCGACGGUAUUAAUCACGCGGUAGUGUAUUAUGAACAGGACGGCGACGAAAUGUACCAGUUCAGAGCUCAGGCGGAGAUAGUCACCGUGCCCGACUAUGAAAUAUUACAGGAGAACCUGGUGGAGAGCAAGCAGCACCGGCUGGCGCGGUCGCUGCGGCCGGGCGGCGCGCGGCGCGACGCCAAGCCCAGCGCCGCCGAGCGCGACCAGCUCGCCGCCAUCGUGCAGGCGCCGCCCGCGCGCGCGCUCGCCGCCGUCGAGCAGGACCUGCUCUGGAAGUUCCGAUUCUACCUGUCCACUCACCGGCGCGCGCUCACCAAGUUCUUGGAAUGUGUUAACUGGAACAGACCAGGCGAGGUCCGGCAGGCGCUGUCGAUGAUGCAGCAGUGGGCGCCGAUGGACGUGGAGGACGCGCUGGAGCUGCUCACGCCCAAGUUCACGCACCCCGCCGUCAGGAGGUAUGCUAUAACCCGUCUGCAGCAGGCGCCUGAUGAGGACCUGCUUCUCUAUUUACUGCAAUUAGUGCAAGCUUUGAAAUAUGAAGACUAUAUGGAAAUUCAUGACGAAUACGCUCGCACCUGCGGCAAGGACAUGCCGGUCCUGUCCGACUUGGACGGCAAGCUCAUACACAGCGGCCACCGCGGCAGCCAGGCCAGUCUGCUGUCCGCUUCCGGUGUGGCGCCGCCCACAGCGCCGCCCGCCGCCAGCGAGUGGCGCCCCGCCACGCCCGGACUGCCUACAGAAGAUGAACACUUGCCGCAUUUGGAGAGCGUGGAUCCCACGGAGGAGCGCCUGAGCCUGGCGUCGUUCCUGAUCUCCCGCGCCUGCAGUAACAGCGUGCUGGCCAACUACCUCUACUGGUACCUGCUCAUCGAGUGCGAGGACCAGCUCGGCGCCCAGGACCACGCCGCCCGCUCCAUGUACCUCGCCGUCAUGAGGACCUUCAGCCACCGACUUGCCACUGGUAAUGGUGAUCAUCAGCGCACGCGCUCCUUCCUCGCUCGCCAACAAGUGUUCAUAGACAAACUGGUGAAACUAGUCAAAACCGUGACCAGAGAGAGCGGAAACAGAAAUAAAAAAGCAGAGAGAUUGCAACAAUUAUUAGCGGACCCCGACGCGUUCAAAUACAACUUCACAAAUUUCGAACCCAUGCCUUUCCCGCUGGACCCCAACGUGACCAUCAAAGGUAUAGUGGCGAAGAAAGCCAGCUUGUUCAAGUCGGCGCUGAUGCCGUCCAAACUGACGUUUCUGACGACAGAGGGCGUUGAGUACGAAGCGAUAUUCAAACACGGGGAUGAUCUGAGACAGGAUCAGUUGAUAUUGCAAAUGAUCACGCUGAUGGACAAGCUGUUGAGGAGGGAGAAUUUGGAUUUGAAGUUGACGCCUUAUAAGGUACUAGCAACGAGCUCUCGCCACGGCUUCCUACAGUUCAUCGAAUCGGUGACAGUAGCGGAAGCCCUGGCGACAGAGGGCAGCAUCCAGAGUUUCCUCCGGAAGCACUCCCCGUCAGAGGGCGCGCCGUACGGCAUCAAGCCCGACACCAUGGACACCUACAUCCGCAGCUGCGCCGGAUAUUGCGUCAUCACUUACCUGCUCGGUGUCGGAGACCGGCAUUUAGACAACCUUCUCCUGACGCGGUCAGGGGCCCUCUUCCACAUAGACUUCGGGUACAUCCUCGGACGGGAUCCGAAGCCGCUGCCGCCGCCCAUGAAGCUCAGCAAGGAGAUGGUGGAGGCCAUGGGAGGGAUCCACUCGGAACACUACCACAAGUUUAGGAAGCUUUGCUACACCGCCUUCUUGCAUUUGAGACGGCACGCGAACUUGAUGCUGAAUUUGUUCUCCCUGAUGGUGGACGCGUCGGUGCCCGACAUCGCGCUGGAGCCAGACAAGGCUGUGAAGAAGGUCCAGGACAAGUUCAGACUGGACCUCGGCGACGAGGAAGCGGUGCACUACCUCCAGAAUCUGCUGGACAUGUCGGUGACGGCGGUGAUGGCGGCACUCGUGGAACAGUUCCACAAGUUCGCGCAGUACUGGCGCAAAUGAGCCGCGAACGUGUUACAGCGCCAUCAUAGUUGACGUGGCAGUUUUGUUAUCAAUGCGCUUAGCAAAUAAAAACUAUAAAUACGGUUGAUUACUGAAAAGAUUACUGUUACCUUUGAAUCGGUUUGAAUUUGUAAAAAGAACCAAUCAUAAUUUAUUGCGCUUGCGCAUUAAAUUCGAUUAGUUUAUUUUUAACAUUGAUACAUAGCAAAUGAAAUUAGCCGAUAAGUAGGUGUGAACAAGUUUGCAAUGUUAGUGACGUUGCUAUAACAGGUAACAAGUAAAACACUCUGUAGCAAUGAGUAGUAUUUAUAUAUUGUAUUGUGGCCCUGUGUAUAGUAACAUAAGCAUUAUUUAUACUAUAUUAAAGUUAAAUUUGUGAUUUCGUCCUCAUAAACUUUGUGAUCAAAAUUAUGCAAAAUAGAUAAUGAUUUAAAUGGAUUUUCACAUUCACACCAGUUUUACAGCACUUUACUUUCAAAAAUGAAUUCGAAGAUAUAUUUGUAAACAUUGCUUAGGGAAACAAGAGUUUGUAAACUAAACUGACUGUACAUAUUUAUAAUUUUAUACUGUGAUAAUGUAGGUAUUAACAUGUAUGAAAUAAAAACUAUAUAUUUGCAUUGGUAUAAAUAUAUGAAAAUUUAUUAA